GUCGACCAGCCAGGUAGAGGAGGCCUUGGUUCAACAGAAAACUGGGGUAGAGGAGGCAGGAGCAACGCGCUUGACGCACACUAUGCGCACGAGUUCCCAUACGGAAAGAUGUACGUGAGUUAUCUUUUGGAGAAGGAACCCAGCAUGUACCCAAAUCCAGUGCGACAUCCCAGCCUCAACUUGAACCAUCAGAACUUUGUCCCCGCACCUCCGCAGUAUUCGGAUUUCAGCGGAUACCACCACGUUGCUGGGAUUAACAAUGACCCUCACCACAGCCAGACGGGGGCCUGGAACCCCGCUUACCCGCCGAGCCGGGAAGAGUGGUCACCCUAUGGGCCGGGGACAGGACCGUCCACAUCUAAUCCGGGGCCAAUAGGGUAUAGCCCCCCAGAGUUCUCUCCAGUCCCACAAUCCGGUCUUCUCCCGUCUAUCAACUCAUCUGUUGGGCAGCUGUCUCCCAAUUCUCAGCGCAGAAACCCUUAUGAUUGGAUGAGGCGGAGCGUACCACCGGCAAAUUCAGGUGGUAAGACAAGAACGAAAGACAAGUACCGGGUGGUGUACACAGAUCACCAGCGGUUGGAGCUGGAGAAAGAGUUCCACUAUAGCCGCUACAUCACCAUUAGGAGGAAAGCAGAGCUGGCCACGUCUCUCAGCCUCUCAGAACGACAGGUAAAAAUCUGGUUUCAGAAUCGGCGUGCCAAAGAGAGGAAAGUGAACAAGAAGAAGAUGCAGCAGCCUCAGCCUGCGUCCACAACAACACCUACUCCCCCAGGCUCUGGCAUGCCUGGCAACGUUGCCAUGGUGACCAGCAGCAGUGGCGGCUUAGUGUCUCCGUCUAUACCAAUGACUAUCAAAGAAGAAUACUGAGGACGAUGGUCUGACGUGACGGGGGGAAAAAAUGACUUUUGUCCAAAUCUAACCUGCAAUAGCGACCCCCCCCCGUCAACAGCUUGAGCAACACGGGGUCAAAUGCAGGGGUCAACAGCUCCAAAGACAGACAAAAAAUAAAGACUUGCCGCUGUUUCCUUCGCUUUUGUAAAAAAAUAAUAAUAAUAAUAACAAACGUCUAAAGGACAAGAUGGACCAACACAAACGUCGGCCAUGCGCCGUAAAUCAGCUGCUGGGUGUCGAAAAACUGUGGCGAAUUCAAUUCGUAGAAUCAUUGGGAAAUAAACAGAAAAUGACGGCCCAUGUUCUGUGGUUGAAGGCGAUAGGACGGCCACCCGCUCUGCACACGUUCGUGUUGGUCUGUCUUGUCAGAAAGAGACAAAGAACAGAUAUAAACAUAUAUAGAUAUUAAACUGUUGUAUUUUACUGUUAUAAUGGCUACUACUGUUUCUAUUGUUGAUACCUCUUCUGCUCUGCCCAUCACAUACUGGAAAUACUUGUAAAUGGUUCUGAUUCCAAGCCAGAAUAAUAAUAAGUGUAUAUUUUUUAAGUAAUUUGUAUUAAAAGCUUUAUUGUAAA